AUGCACAAGAAACAACGAAAAUUUCAACAGCCAAAGUGUCUGCAUGUUAUAACCUGCCUUUUAUUUAGUUGUCUGGUACUUGUAUUAGAAUGGCAGGCUACUCUAGCAACACCCAUUAUAACGACAGCCGCAACAACUUCAACCGCGUCAGCAGCCACCAGAAGGUUAAGAAAUCAUGAAGUGGGAGGCGGUGGUGGCCCAAGACGAAGACGUGUUGGUGGCAUUGAGGGUGGCACAAGUACUGGUAGUUCACCAUGUGAACAUAAAAGUCUUAGUGAACUCAUCAAAACAAGUCCAGUGAUACUUAAGGCCUUGGGAGCCCACAUUUUUAAUCAUGACGAUGAUGAAGAUUUACGUAUUCUGCACAAUAGUAACGAUGCAUUAUUGUUAAAAUGGCAAAAUGAACAAAAUAAAGUUCUUACAUCUUUAAAGAGAACACAAAAAACACAAAAAUUAACAUCAUCAUCGCAAUCCUCACAAAGGACAACAAAAACUGCUGAAAAAACAACAAGACAGCAACAAAACAAGCACAAACAGCAGAAGCAGCAGCAAACUUUUAGUGAUGCUGCAACUAAUAGAGCCGCCAUGCUGGCGUCUAUGAAUGCUGAUGCCAUUUUAAUAACAUUAACACCGGAAACAAUCUACAAAGGAGCAUCGUUACUAAAAAUGACACCCAAUGCUGCUGAACAUGCAACCUCACAAAGCACGAAUACUGGCGGCAGCGGCAGUAGUAGCAACAACAUGGCCAGUAGUAGUGGUAAUAGUGGUAAAGGCACCGGCAGCAGUACGAUUGACAGUAAUAAUGGCAACAGUGCCAAUGGUGGUACUGGUACUGGCUACAACAGUGGCACUAUUAAUUCAUCAGAGGCUUCGUAUUUAUAUGAGGGCCAAUUAAAUGCAACUGUUCAACCGUUAUCAUGUUUUGAUGAAAAUUUAUUGAAAAUGUUGCCAAGUGAUUUAAUUAUCUUUGGCAAAUUGAUAACAAUAGAAGAGCAGCAACAUCAACAAGAUGAUUUAUUAAUGGAUCUCCAUGACUACACAUCAUCCUCAUCGUCGUCAACAUUAUCACAGCGUCGCCAACAGCAGCUGCCAACAAAGGAUGUAUUGAAAAUCAGUAUAAAUGGUUUACAUCGUUGGUCCACGCAGUUUGAAAAUUACAUAUGGAAACAUUUGGGUUGGGACGAUUGGAGUGAUUUCACUGUGUGUAGUGUGGCUUGUGGCAAAGGUGUGCAACAACGUUUUCGACGUUGCCUGCUGGAUAAUCCAUUGGUUAAUUUGAACAUGAAUUUCAAUAAUGAUGACGACGAGGACGAUGCUGAUGAGGACAUAGAUGUUGAUGCUGAUGUCGUUGUGGAAGUAGAUGAAGCCGAAGAAGACGAGGAGGAGGAUGAUAAUGAAACAAUGAUUGUUGAUGAUGAAAUAAGUGAGCAACACAAUACAAUAGAUGAGGCAGAUAGUAGGAGUGAUGAUGAGCGUGUUGGCUACAAAGUAAAUGUAACUGUUGGCAAAAAGAAGGAUGUGGCAAAAACUAUAACAACACCAGCUACAACUACAACAACGGAUGUUAAUCAUCAUCAUCACAGCAACGACAAAGUGUUGCUUAAAACGGAUACUUUAAUAACAGGCAACAUGUUGCAUUUUGUGACAACAGUCCAAACGGAGAUUAAAGUGGAAAAUUCUACAACAGAAGAGCCUGAAGUUAUGCGCAUAUUUGAGGGUCAUUUCAAUGAUACAUUUAGUGAAAACCCAUCAUCUGCAACAGCACCCGAAGCUCUGACAGCAACCUUAACACUGAACAAUGAAAAAUCAUUUAAAACUCAAUUCUCGUCGGUCGCUACGACAUCAUUAAAGGACAAAAAGGAUACUAGAAAAUUAAAAAAGCUUCAACAGCAACAACAGUUAAAAGUAAAACGUAAAAAGCAUAAAUCAGCGAAAUUAUUUUCAACCAUGUCCUGUGAGGGCUACAACAUCGAGCAAAGGAACUGCAACAGUUUCGAAUGCAGUGAUGAUAUUAAUGACUUAUUGAAAUUUUAUCGUAAAUAUCCCACAACCGAUGAAACAAAUACAGCCUCAACACAACCAAUGACGAUGGACUUAUAUACAAUAGCGGCUGCAUCGUCAUCAUACUCAACAAUAAGUGGUUCGGUAACAUCGUCAGCUUUAUCUUCAUCUACAAUAAAUAGUAAAAGUGAUGGAACAGAAACGAAUAAUCAAAAUAUCAAUACAUUCACAACGCCCAUCAACAUGGGCUAUGUACAAAACUGGCACAAUCCAUUAAAUUUUACUAUUAUGUUGACUUUAAGAGUUAAGAAUGAUAGUUAUACAACAGCGACAAUAUUUUCCAUACGCAAUUCCACACACAAUCUCUAUUUGGAAUCCUGCAAAGAUGGUUUACGUUUGUACUUAGAACGAGAUAAAACUACCGAAAUGUUACCCAUUAAAUUUAAUUUAUACGAUUACCAUUGGCAUCAAGUUGCUAUAAGCAUACAAAAUGGUGAUUUUAUAUCAAUUCACGUUGAUUGUUCCUGGACAAACAGUUUUGUUGUUUCAAAACGUUUAUUUUCACUGCCGGUCACAGCGGAUGUUGAAAUAGGCAGAGGCUUCAAUGGCGAACUACAGCAACUCCUCAUAUUACCCGAACAUCAAGAACGCUACCAGUGCUCAGAGAAACGCACAUCAAUAAACGAAGUUAAACGCUACAUAAUCGAUACAUUUAUAGAUGAUUAUGCCAACUAAAUAUUGUUGAACAUUGUGAAGGAACAAUAAAGAAAUUUAAAACUUACAUACAUACGAAUAGGAAAUAUUACUAUUAAAAAUUUGCUAAGAAUGAAAUAUUUAAACGUAAAAAUAAAAUGUGAAGACCCCCCUGAAUAUUCUGAAUAUAUUUUUCAUAAAUUUUAAAAAAACUAUAAACAAUAAAUGUAAUUGAUAGAUAAAUUAUACUUAAUAUAAGAAUGAAAAUAUUAAAAAUGAAAA